AUGGCUCAAAUGAUGCCGCCUACCAAGCUGGUAUGGAAACAGCUGAGCCCAACGCCUGAUCCGGCGAAGGGCGUGCCGUGUGAAAGAAGCUCACACGGAAUCUCUUUCAUCCAGAACGAGGCAGGAACCAGGCUUAUUGUGUAUGGUGGUGAAAAUGUUGCUCGGACAUCCGUAGAUCCAUCUCAGGCUUUGUGGGCAGCAGAUUUCAAGGACAAUUCCUGGAGUUGGAGAUCAUUGAACUGUGAUGGUCCGCCACCGCGGGUGGCACAUGCCCAGGCCUCUGUGGCUUCCGCAGUUUACAUCUUUGGUGGAAGGUGCGGCAUCGGCAUGGACGAGAAGCCCCUGAACGAUCUUUGGGUCCUAGACUGUCAUGGUCCGCCUGGGAAGGAAAAUUGGCGGAAAGUGGAGCUGGGUGCAGGAAGCGACGAACCUCCAGAGCCCAGAUCCUUCCAUCGAAUGAUCGCAGUGAACAGCGACCUCUACGUCUUUGGUGGCUGUGGCACGAGUGGGCGACUGGCUGAUCUUCACAGGUUUGAUACUGUAAAGAACGUUUGGCAGAAUCUCGGCAAGUCAGAUCUCUUGCGAGGCCGAGGUGGACCAAACCUCCUUCAUUUGAAGUCUGAUCGGCUUGCUGUGAUCGCCGGGUUUGCGGGUGAGGAAACAAAUGACGGACAUGCCUACGAUCUGAGCAAGGGCAGAUGGGAGACUGGUGCCAUCAGCGGCCUAGCGGAUCUUCGCCCCCGCAGCGUUUGCAUUGCAAUUUCCCUUCCGGUAGGCAAGGCCCUCAUAUUCGGAGGAGAAGUCAAUCCUUCAGAUUUGGGACAUGAAGGUGCAGGCAGCUUUGAGAACGAUGUUGCAGUACUAGAUUGCAACACGGGAGCGCUCUUGGGUAGCGUUCCCUCUUCGGCUGGGUGGCCAGUGCAGAGAGGGUGGGCAGAUGGAGCUGCUGGAGAGUCAAAUCGCUUCUACAUUUUUGGGGGGCUCACCGGAGAUGACACGAGUCCUAAAAGACUCAGCGACUUGUGGCUUUGUGAUGUCGAAUAG